UCAGGACCAGGCCUCAUCUGUUCAAAUUAGGACAUAAUUCCCUACGAGGUAUGGACCCCUGCAGCUGCGACAGCUGUAGCUGUAUGGCUGACGAGAGAUCCCAAUAUCAAUUGGGUUAAUAAGAUCUUUCACCUGUCCCGCUUCACAUGAACUUCUAUUUUCCUGACCUCUUAUUUUUUUUGCAUUUGCCAAUCUUCACCUCUUUUUUACUCUCUUGCAAAAAUCUUCAUUCCUUUUCCCCCAUUCCUUUUCAUAUUUUAGUCCUUUUUGGUAUGUAUAUUCGGGUCUUGAUACUAUCAUGAGCGCCGUUAUCCUGUGCUAGCACUCGACCCCACUACCUAGAAGGAUAUACAAAAAAAACCCAAAAACCUACGCGCUGUCUCAAAAAAUGGCGAAACUCACGUCGCUUUUUCAAAUAUCAAUAUGGCUUCUAGCUGAGCGGGUGUCGUGCGGCUCGAUCGCAGCGUGGUGGAAUUCGAGAGGACCUAGUUUCAUAAUGCAGGACGACGACACGGGCGGUAUACGAUAUAGUCUCUGCAACGGCAACCACACGCCAAUAUUCCCAGACGACAAAACUCUCGCCGCCCCUUUCUACAAUUUCAUUCCCAAGAACAAGACGAGUUUGGCCGCGUCCGGGUGGACGGAUAGCGAGACCGCCUGGGCCUCUAUCUUCUAUAUGGACAACAACGACGAAAUUGUCAAUGCGCUGCUGAAAUGCGAUUGGAACACGGGGCAUUGGAUAAACACGGGCGAAUAUGUCACUUCGGGAGGCUCGCCUAAGGUUUCACCCACCUCAGCAUUAUCAGUCGUCCUGCUAGGGUCCGUGGAUGGAUAUCGCCUUUACUAUAACGACCUCGAGGGAUCUCUGCACCAGAUUGGCUACACCACCGCCACCUCCUGGGCAUACUAUGGCCUCGUCUCCAACGACAAGACGUCGUCCCAAGCCAUCGGGACCACCUUUUCCAAGAAGAACAUCACGGUCGUGAGGCCAAGAGAUGACAACAAUAUAGGGGUGUCGCGUCUAUACAGCGACAACCUAUGGCAUCUCUCCACCUUCCCAGCACCCCUAGCAGGAAGCAACGCAACCAACAUAACGCAAUCAUCAAACCUAGCACCCAACACAACCGCCGCAAACUUCACCCUCCCCUCCUGGAGCGGCAGCGCAUCCGCGCUCGCAGUGAGCAUCGACAGCGCGUACACGCGCAGCGUCUUCUACAUCGGCGGCGACCGCGCGAUCCACCAAGUCGGGAACAAGAACUACGCAUGGAGCGUCUUCGAGCAGACGAGCGCCACCGCGUGGCCGCUUGCCGAUACCGCGGGCGGGGCCAUCGGGAUCGCGAACGCGUUUGGAAACGAUGCGUUAAGGCUUUAUUAUGUUAGUAACGGAAGCGUUGUUGAGGCGAAUGGGGAUGGAGGGACUUGGUCUGAUGCGACUGUGCUAGCGACUUUCAACGCGAGCCAGGCUGCGGGUUCCACGACGUCGGGGGCGGCGGGGAAUACGACGGCUGAGGGGGCCGGGGCCGGGGGUGAGGGGUUGAGUGAUGGGGCGAAGGUCGGGAUUAGUGUUGGUGUGACACUUGGCGUUAUCGCGGUCGCGGGGAUGGGUGUGACGGUUUGGUUCCUGAGGUACCGGCAGCGGAAACUGGAUGAGAAGAACGCGGCCGCGGGGGGCGAGGGACCCGCUUUGGUUGCGGGCGCGGUGAGUCCCGGGAGCGCGUAUGUCGGGACCUCGGAUAAGACGGUGGGGAGCCGUGAUGAUGGAUAUGCGGCCGUGCCGCAGGGGUAUAAUGGGCAGAAUGUGUACGCGCAGCAAGCGUACUCGCCGCAGCAGGGCGCGGAGGGGUACGUGUAUCCCCAGCAAGGGCAGGAUGGAGCGUGGGUGUAUGGGGGGGCGAAUGGGGAGUAUAAUGCCCAGCAACAACAGCAGUAUUAUUACCAGCAGCAGCAACAGCAACAUCCGCACGAGUUGGCGGAGCCGGAGAGGCCGGCGGAGUUGAUGGGGGAAGGGCAUUAUAAGGAGGUGCCGUGAGACCUACCCACCUACUUACCUGACUAUUAAAUUUAAAGGAUGAAAAGGGGUGAGGAGUUGUGUGGUGGGAGGUAAUACCGUUUCUUGAAGAUACCUGCGGAGAAAAGUUGAUGGCGUUUAUCUUUUCCUCAUGGUAUCUGAUAUCCAGUAGGGACAUUCAGGCGCAAUGCGGGAGCGAGUUUAAAUUUAUGGUGAGAAAGGCCUGCGGAGAGGUGGCUUGCGUCUGGAGAUAUACCUAAAUGCCUCUUAGCAUGACGUUGCAUAGCGUUUCAUACAUACAUAUAUAAUAGAAUGGUGUAUAAUGAAUACUGGAAUUGUUCG